GUCAGACCCUUCACGUUCUCUACAUGCUUGACUCGGGAAUGAGUACAGGCAGAGUCAACCCGUACAGCAUUGUGUCCUCCGAGGAAGACGGGCUGCGGUUGACCACCAUGCCAGGAAUCAACGGUUUUGGGAAUGGUAAGAUUCACACCCGGAGGAAAUGUCGGAACAGGUUUGUGAAGAAGAACGGGCAGUGCAAUGUGGAAUUCACCAACAUGGAUGACAAGCCACAAAGAUACAUCGCUGACAUGUUCACAACGUGUGUCGACAUCCGCUGGCGAUACAUGUUGUUGCUCUUCUCCCUGGCCUUUCUGGUAUCCUGGCUACUGUUUGGGUUGAUUUUCUGGCUCAUUGCACUUGUCCAUGGAGACCUAGAAAACCCGGCUGGGGACGAGGACUUCAAGCCAUGCGUUCUUCAAGUAAACGGCUUUGUGGCAGCCUUUCUGUUCUCCAUUGAAACCCAAACGACGAUUGGCUAUGGAUUCCGCUGCGUGACGGAGGAGUGCCCGCUAGCCGUCUUCAUGGUGGUGGUGCAGUCCAUCGUGGGGUGUAUAAUCGACUCGUUCAUGAUUGGGGCAAUCAUGGCAAAAAUGGCCAGGCCCAAGAAAAGGGCCCAGACAUUACUUUUCAGCCGUAACGCCGUCGUGGCCAUGAGAGAUGGGAAACUCUGCCUGAUGUGGAGAGUUGGGAACCUUCGAAAAAGCCACAUUGUAGAAGCCCAUGUAAGAGCACAGUUAAUUAAGCCCAGAAUCACCGAAGAGGGGGAGUAUAUCCCCCUCGAUCAAAUAGACAUCGACGUUGGGUUUGACAAAGGCUUGGACCGUAUUUUCUUGGUGUCUCCAAUCACCAUUCUUCAUGAGAUCAACGAGGAAAGCCCUCUGUUUGGAAUUAGCCGCCAGGACCUGGAAACAGAUGACUUUGAAAUUGUGGUGAUCCUUGAAGGGAUGGUGGAAGCCACUGCCAUGACAACACAAGCGCGGAGCUCCUAUUUGGCAAGUGAGAUCCUGUGGGGUCACCGCUUCGAACCCGUCUUGUUUGAGGAGAAAAACCAAUACAAAGUAGACUAUUCGCACUUCCACAAAACCUACGAGGUGCCAUCCACCCCGCGCUGCAGUGCUAAGGACUUGGUGGAGAACAAAUUCCUGCUUCCUAGCACCAAUUCCUUCUGCUACGAGAAUGAGCUUGCCUUCAUGAGCCGCGACGAGGAAGAGGAGGAGGAAGAGGACGAUGACAGCAGGGGUCUGGAUGGCCUGAACCCGGACAACAGGCAUGAAUUUGACAGGCUCCAGGCCACGAUAGCACUGGAUCAGAGGUCGUAUAGAAGGGAGUCAGAAAUAUGACCCAUGGCCCCUUCGCUAACUGUUCUGAGGGUAUUUUUCCUCUCAUCUUUUCCCCUACCGCCUGCUCAAAUUAUGCAGAACAAUGCAAGUGCCAUAGGAAUGCUUGAGAAAUUAGUAUUGUUUGUAGUUUUAAGUUUCAUUGCAAUAACCACUGAACGGUCUGUGAUAGGAAACCACAGCCAGCCACAACAUGUUUUGAACUUCCAGUGUUGAUAAAGCAAAUUAGAAAAUGUACCAGAAGCAAAUUCAAUAUGGCGGCACUGAUAAGGGGGAACGCCAUGGGUGGGCCAUGCUGGAGUAUCUUCUUUGCACGCAGAGAGAUGGUGGUUUGGUUUUCUUUCACUCCGUGGAAAUGAAAGCGUUUUCAUGGAGCCAAGCUUUGAGAGGUUCAAAAGGAGGAAAUAUCAGGAAACAAAUCCUCUUUUUUUGUUUUGGUUUUGUUUUAAACUGAACAGACAAAUUAUAUAUAUUUCUGGCAGGAGUUGUGAUUCACUUGCACAAGAACAACACUUGAAACCUUGUAACGUAAAGUUUUUUUUAAUUUAGGGGAAGGGAAAUGAGGUUUUACUUUGUCAACUUAGUGCUCAGGAGACAGCUUACCAAUCAUCAUCCUCAUAGAAUCAUCUCACAUUCGACGCUGUCCACCAGCACAGAAGUUUAUGACUGUACCUGAGAAAAUGGAUGUUUAUUUCUCUUAAAGGGAUGAUUGGUUGACCUUUGACCUCUGUAGAAGUCUUCCUCUUUUGCCCGGUUUACGACGUACAUGUAAACACAAAGAUGAUCCUUGUUUUUUGGGAAGUUUUAUUUUAAUGCUAUGGAGAUUUAAUUAAUAAAACCAAUUCUAA